CUCCAAGCCUGUCUUCUUUGAUACCCAUUUGCAUACCUCAGCCCCUCAUCACCACCAAAAUGGCCCCGGCUCUCCUCGAAACCCCCAACAUCAACGAGACCUUCAACGACCGCGAUGGCCUCGCUCUCGAAGCCACCUCGGACGCCAUAGACGAAGUCAACGUCCUCAAGGCCGCUCUCAAAGUGAAGAAGGGCACCGCCACCCAAGAAGAGAAGGACAUCUACGAAGCCUCCCAGUUCGAUGCCGAAAAGGACAAGACGCAGUUCCGACAAUACGAAGAAGCUUGCGACCGCGUCAAGAACUUCUACCGCGAGCAGCACGAGAAGCAAACCGUAGCCUACAACCUCAAAGCGCGCAACACCUUCCUCUCGCAGACGCGCGCCGAGAUGACCAUCUGGGAAGCCAUGGAGAAGCUCAACACGCUCAUCGACGAGUCCGACCCGGACACGUCGCUCUCGCAGAUCGAGCAUCUGCUGCAGUCGGCCGAGGCCAUCCGCCGCGACGGCAAGCCGCGCUGGAUGCAGCUCACCGGCCUGAUCCACGACCUGGGCAAGCUGCUCUUCUUCUUCGGCGCCGAGGGCCAGUGGGACGUCGUCGGCGACACGUUCCCCGUCGGCUGCGCCUUCGACCGCAAGAUCAUCUACCCGGACACCUUCGUCGGCAACCCGGACUCCAAGGACCCCAUCUACAGCACCAAGGAGGGCAUCUACACGCCCGGCUGCGGCAUGGACAACGUCAUGCUCAGCUGGGGCCACGACGAGUACCUCUACCACAUUGCGAAGGCGCAGAGCACCAUGCCCGACGAGGCGCUGGCGAUGAUCAGGUACCACUCGUUCUACCCGUGGCACUCGCAGGACGCGUACCGCUGGAUGAUGAAUGAGAAGGAUGAGAAGAUGUUGGAGGCGGUUAGGGCGUUCAACCCGUAUGAUUUGUACUCGAAGAGUGAUGAGGUGCCCAAGGCGGAGGUGCUGAAGCCGUACUAUAUGGAGCUGAUUAAGGAGUUUUGGGGUGAGGGGAAGGUUAAGUGGUGAGUGUGCGGAAUGGGAUACGGUAAUUGGGGCGGCAUGAUAGAGGUUUCUUUUAGCGGUUGGGGAUUCCUGGGUCUGCGUUUGGAUUAGAUCUCACCGCGAGCGAGUGCGGUUGGAGACUUCCUUUGAAUGAAAACAUAUUUCUCUA